UCGCCGCGCGCCUGCGCUCCUUUCCACGUGCGAAAGCCAGAGACGUGUGGAGUCGGGGUCGCCGCAGAGUUGGGAGCCGCGCAGUUCAGCGCUCACCAUGAGGCCAGGCUUCAGUCCCCGAGGGGGCGGCUUCCGAGGCCGAGGGGGGUUUGGUGACCGAGGCGGCUUUGGCGGUGACCGUGGCGGUCGCGGGGGCCGAGGCGGCUUUGGUGGGGGCCGUGGACGAGGAGGAGGCUUCAGGGGCCGUGGUCGAGGAGGAGGAGGAGGAGGAGGAAGAGGUGGCGGAGGAGGGUUCCAGUCUGGUGGCAACCGGGGUCGUGGUAGGGGAGGAAAAAGAGGAAACCAGUCAGGGAAGAAUGUGAUGGUGGAACCUCACCGGCACGAGGGUGUCUUCAUUUGCCGAGGAAAGGAAGAUGCACUGGUCACCAAGAACCUGGUCCCUGGAGAAUCAGUUUAUGGAGAGAAGAGAGUCUCAAUUUCGGAAGGAGACGACAAAAUUGAGUACCGCGCCUGGAACCCCUUCCGCUCAAAGCUGGCAGCAGCGAUCCUGGGUGGUGUGGACCAGAUCCACAUCAAGCCGGGGGCCAAGGUGCUUUACCUUGGAGCUGCCUCAGGCACCACUGUCUCCCAUGUCUCUGACAUCGUAGGCCAGGAUGGUCUGGUCUAUGCAGUUGAGUUUUCCCACCGUUCUGGACGUGACCUCAUCAACCUGGCCAAGAAGAGGACCAACAUAAUCCCUGUCAUUGAGGACGCUCGGCACCCGCACAAAUACCGCAUGCUUAUUGCAAUGGUGGAUGUGAUCUUUGCUGACGUGGCCCAGCCUGACCAGACCCGGAUUGUGGCUCUGAAUGCCCACACCUUCCUGCGUAACGGAGGACACUUUGUGAUUUCUAUUAAGGCCAACUGCAUUGACUCCACAGCCUCUGCAGAGGCCGUGUUUGCUUCUGAAGUGAAGAAGAUGCAGCAGGAGAACAUGAAGCCCCAGGAGCAGCUGACCCUCGAGCCAUACGAAAGAGACCACGCUGUGGUCGUGGGUGUGUACAGGCCGCCCCCCAAAGUGAAGAACUGAAGCCCGGUGCUGUCUGCAUUGUGAGAUAGUGUUGUUGCUGUUGCACGUGUGUUUUUCUAUUAAAAAGACUCAUCCGUCACCUCA